UCAGGGAAUAGAGUGGCCAGACCUGCCCUACUGACGGUGGCAAAUGCCCCACCCACCAACCUGUGCCCAGGCUGGUGGCACCAUGGCGCAGACAGAUGUGCUCCUGACCAAGCAGCCCGCCCCACAGACGGUGCCGGCAUGCGAACUUCCCCCCAAGCUAUACGAUGUAGCUCGAAACACAGGUGCCUACACGUCCUCCGGCCUGGCCACCGCUGGCUUCCGCACAGCCAAGUACCUGGUGGAUGAGUGGUUUCAGAACUGCUAUGCCCACUACCACCAGGCCUUUGCUGACCGUGACCAGUCGGAGCGGCAGCGCCAUGAGAGCUUGCAGCUGGCUGCCGAGACACAGACACUGGCACAGAGAACCCAGGAGGACUCUACCCGGAAGGUGGGCGAGCGUCUGCAGGACAUGCACUGCUGGAAGUCGGAGCUGCAGCAUGAGGUGGACGAACUGGUCGCUGAGACUGACAGGCUGCUGGACCAGAAGCAGCGGCUGGAGAGCUCCCUGGAUGCCACAGCUGUGCCCUUUUCCAUUGCCACUGACAACCUGCAGUGCCGAGAGCGUCGCCAGCACCCCGACCUCGUGCGUGACUACGUGGAGAUGGAGCUGCUAAAGGAGGCCGAGCUCAUCCGAAACAUUCAAGAACUGCUGAAAAGGACCAUCAUGCAGGCCAUGAACCAGAUUCGGAUGAACCUGGAACAGAAGGAGACAUGCGAGAUGGACUGGUCUGACAAGGUUGAGGCCUACAAUAUCGAUGAAACCUGUGGCCGCUACCACAACCAGAGCACGGAGGUGCAAUUCUACCCGCACUCCACCAAGCUGGAGGAGAGCGCCUCCACGUCCGAGACGUGGGCCAAGUUCACACAGGAAAACCUGUGCCGCGCGGAGCGCGAGCGCCUGGCCUCGGUCAACCUGCGGGGGCUCAUUGACUGCAUCCUGAGGGACAUAGCCGAGGACCUGCGCCUGCAGUGCGACGCCGUGAACCUGGCCUACGGGCGCCGCUGCGAGGAGCUGGAGGACACGCGCUUCAAGCUGAAGCAACACCUGCACAAGACGCUGUGCGAGAUCACAGACCAGGAGCACAAUGUGGCUGCGCUGAAGCAGGCCAUCAGGGACAAGGAGAUGCCACUGAAGGUGGCUCAGACCCGCCUGUACCAGCGUUCGCACCGGCCCAACGUGGAGCUGUGCCGAGACAAUGCCCAGUUCAGGCUGGUGAGCGAGGUGGAAGAACUGAACAUGUCCCUUAUGGCGCUGAGGGAGAAGCUUCUGGAAGCAGAGCAGUCACUGCGCAACCUGGAGGACACACGCAUGAGCCUGGAGAAGGACAUCGCCGUCAAAACCAACAGCCUCUUCAUCGACCGCCAGAAGUGCAUGACCCACCGCGCCCGCUACCCCACCAUCCUUCAGCUGGCCGGCUACCAGUGACCAGGGCGGGCACCAUGGUGGGGUGGCCCUGCUGGCCUUGGCCAGACUCAGACAGGGA